AAAUCGCGACCUCUGAAAGCAAAACACUGCAGCAUCUUGGCAGCUCUGAAUUGGGAAGGGAUGAAGGAGGCUGUGCCUCCGGGUUGCACGAAGAGUCCAAGUCAUUUCUCAGAAGGUUUUGAUAGGUGGGCCUUAGAGGAGACGCCGCCGAGCACCGCAAGAACUGGAAAACACGCCCCUCUCUGUCUGCUGGGAGAGCCACGGAGACUGGCACUUCUCUAAGUGAAGCUGAGGAGAAGGCUGUAAAUCAGCCAGAAGAGCCUUGAAGCAUUCUUUUGGCAUGAGGAAGUGAUGGCUGCUGGAGGAGAGUGACCACCACGAGGAGAGAUGGCAUCUGGCCUGGACCCGGCCUAGCAGCAGCUCCACCUCCUGAGCCAGGCCCGGCAGGAUGCACCACUAGACCACCAUGGACGGAGCCCACAGCACAGCCCUGCAGCUGCAGCAGCUGCCUCCCACAAGUAGCGCCAGCGCCCUGAGCGAGACUUCCUUCUCCUACAAGGAAAACCUGAUCGGCGCCCUCUUGGCGAUCUUUGGGCACCUUGUGGUCAGCAUUGCACUUAACCUCCAGAAGUACUGCCACAUCCGCCUGGCAGGCUCCAAGGAUCCCCGGGCCUAUUUCAAGACCAAGACAUGGUGGCUGGGCCUGUUCCUGAUGCUUCUGGGUGAGCUGGGUGUGUUCGCCUCCUACGCUUUCGCACCGCUGUCACUCAUCGUGCCCCUCAGCGCAGUCUCCGUGAUAGCUAGUGCCAUCAUAGGAAUCAUAUUCAUCAAGGAAAAGUGGAAACCGAAAGACUUUCUGAGGCGCUAUGUCUUGUCCUUUGUUGGCUGCGGUUUGGCUGUCGUGGGUACCUACCUGCUGGUGACAUUUGCACCCAACAGUCACGAGAAGAUGACGGGCGAGAAUGUCACCAAGCACCUCGUGAGCUGGCCUUUCCUUUUGUACAUGCUGGUGGAGAUCAUUCUGUUCUGCUUGCUGCUCUACUUCUACAAGGAGAAGAACGCCAACAACAUUGUCGUGAUUCUUCUCUUGGUGGCGUUACUCGGCUCCAUGACGGUGGUGACAGUCAAGGCUGUGGCCGGGAUGCUUGUCUUGUCCAUUCAAGGGAACCUGCAGCUUGACUACCCCAUCUUCUACGUGAUGUUUGUGUGCAUGGUGGCAACCGCCGUCUAUCAGGCUGCGUUUUUGAGUCAAGCCUCACAGAUGUACGACUCCUCUUUGAUUGCCAGUGUGGGCUACAUUCUGUCCACAACCAUUGCUAUCACAGCAGGUGCAAUAUUUUACCUGGACUUCAUCGGGGAGGAUGUGCUGCACAUCUGCAUGUUUGCACUGGGGUGCCUCAUCGCGUUCCUGGGCGUCUUCUUAAUCACGCGUAACAGGAAGAAGGCCAUUCCAUUUGAGCCCUAUAUUUCCAUGGAUGCCAUGCCAGGUAUGCAGAACAUGCACGAUAAAGGGAUGACUGUCCAGCCUGACCUCAAAGCUUCUUUUUCCUAUGGGGCUCUGGAAAACAAUGACAACAUUUCUGAGAUCUACGCUCCUGCCACACUGCCAGUCAUGCAAGAAGAGCACGGCUCCAGAAGUGCCUCUGGGGUCCCCUACCGAGUCCUAGAGCACACCAAGAAGGAAUGAGACUCGCCUCCCUCUAUUUAUAACUGUCCCCACCAGGCUGACAGCGGUUCAACCCUGAAUCCUAAAACUUGCCUUUCAAGUCUCAUUUUGUUUUUAACUGAGAACGCUAUGGAUGAUGAUCUCAGAAAGCCUUUGUCCCUGGGAAAGGAUACGUUAUCUUGGUCUUGGAAAUUUCAGAUGAUGAGGGUGGGGGGAUGGAAGCAUUAUUCCAGGUGGGCAGGAUAGAAUCCAGCUUCUGCCUGGAUUAGCCCAGCAGGAUUUGGAAAGCCUUUCUACCAUCCUUGAGGAUGGUAACUGAGCUUCCUCCGACAGUGACCAAAGGUUGCUGUAUCCUUCAGAGCUAAGACAAGACGGAGAGUCUGCUGUUAAUUCUCAAAUCCAGCGAAAGGCUGGACACCUCUAAAUCUCGUCUUCCUCCACCUCACGUGCAUGCCUGAUCUCUCCCCAACACUCCUGGUGCCGUAUCUGUGAUAGCACUUGUGCUGCCUUCACAUGGCAGGCUGGGCCAACCCUGGGUGGAAGGUUCUGCCAUUUGUGUUUCAGAAAUGUACAUCUGCCUUCCAGUCAUCUGUGCCCUUCUAGGGAAGAUGUGCUUGAUAUGUUCAAAUUGGAUCUACUCUGAAAACGAAUUUGAUUUUGGUCCUGUGAGGACUACUUGUUUGUCUGCCUCCUGCCCCCAAAGGAAUUAGGAAGUUAGGAGAAGGGGAAGACUAAGGAGGCUAGGAGAGGGUGAUGAUGCUUCAGCCCAUUAAGGAAGAAAAGUCCCCCUUACUCUUACAAAAGGUGAUUUCACCACUUAAAAAGGGAUAGGUAGAAAAUCUGGCCAUCUUAUGUGUUAUUUUUUCCUGCAUACCAGUGCCCCCUGGAAAGGUGGGGAUGCUCAUUUCAGAGACAGCCUCUUCACCUGUCCUCCGUCUCUCCAUUACAGAGCCACAAGCCAAGCUCAAGUUACUGGUGAAUUUCCUUGAAGUCAAUAGAGACUCUCUGGGUCCUCAUCCCCACGCAUGUAUGUCUGGGAGAAGCAAGCGUUCUCAAAAACAGGGCUGUUGCUUUCUUCCUGGCUGCCUAUGUGACUGUCUUCCCCUAGACUGAUGGUGUACUUUGAGAGGCGCAGAGAAAGGUUUGCAGACUUUAGUGGGCAUAAGGAUCCCCUAGAAGUGUGUGUAAAAUGCAGAUUCCUGCACCCCAACUGCAGACACUCUUAAGUGGGACUGGAGUGGGGCCCAGGGGUCUGCAUUCUUAACUGGUACCACCAGUGAUUCUGCUACAAUGCCACAAUCCUGAGAGUUCACACCUGGAAAGCUUAAGAAUUUAAAAAGAUGUUCUGCUAAAACCCCCAGGGCCCCAUGCAACCUUGCCAGGAAGUUUCCUCCCUAGGGUUCCUUUGGAAGGUUAAAUAAUCCCCAUAGGAUCUGUGGCAUUCUCCAUCCAGUGAAUACUACUUAGAGCUACACUCACCACUUCCCUAGACAGCCUUUAAUAGGCAUGAUAACAGUGUUAAUAGACCAGUGUGACAGAUCACUUACCUUUGUGGAUUGUGCUUAAUACUGAUUUAGUACUGAUUUAAUACCUUGACUUCAAAAACUGACAUCUGUUGUCUGUGAUAACCACUUCUGUAUUGUGUCUUAACCACUUCUGUAUUGUGUGGUCUUAACUACCUAAGGCAGCAGCGGGCAGUGGACUCCCUUCCCUUAGGAUGGGGAUCAACUCAAUUCAACAAGAUUUAUAAGGCAUUUACUGUGUGCUAAGCAUUUGGAAGACCCAAGCUACAAAGAUAAGACAUAGUUCCUGCCCUCCAGGCCAGCAGAGAGAGGCACAAAUACCCAGGAAUCUCUGAUGGGUGUGAAGUGCGGUCGUGGGCCACAGAAAAUGACCAUCAUGGAGACCCUGUCAAAGUUCGGACCCUGAGCCCAAAGGGGUAUUCACAAGUGGAGAUAAUUUUGGUCCCACUCAUAGAUGGGUGGCAAAUCUAAGAUUUGUAUAAAGCAUAUGAAAGUAGGGUGAUCACCCCCGAGGCAGGGGGGCCAGCAUUUGCAAAGGCACAGAGAUAAGAGGAGCAGGGCAAAGAAAGGAGAGCCAGGGAAGGUGGUGGGAGACGAAUCUCAAAGCUAAGUAGUGGAAGCUGUGCACAGUGGCUCACGCCUGUAAUCCCAGCACUUUGGGAGGCCAAGGCUGGAGGAUCACUUGAGCCCAGGAGUUUUAUAUCAGCCUGGGCAACAUAGCAAGACCUUAUCUCUGCUAAAAAUUAAAAAAAAAAAAUUAGUUGGGUGUGGUGGGGCAUGCCUGUGAUCCCAGCUACUCAGGAGGCUGAGGUGGGAGGAUUGCUAGAGCCCAGGAAGCCAAGGGUACAGUGAGCCAUGAUCAUGCUGCUGCACUCCAACCUGGGUGACAAUGAGACCAUGUCUCAAAAAAAAAGGAUAAGCAGUGGAGACCGAAUCAUGGAAAGUCUUGAAUACCUGGCUAAGGAGUUUAAAGUGUAUCCAAGAGGACAUGGGAGCCAUUGAUGGUUCAUGAGGAAGAGAAGGGCAGGAUCAGCCCUGAUGGAAAAGGAGGGCUUGUUCAGUGUGGAGGAAGAAUCAGAAGGGGGAAUGAGUUACCUUCUCCGAGCCCACAAGAACAAAAAACAAAAAGCAGAAAUUAAAAUCAGGUUUCACUGCUAUUUGUGUAUUCCUCCUUUCCCAAAUGAUUUUUCUAAAGCUGGGAGUGGGGGCAGGAGGGAGAAAGAGAAGGUGAGCAGGGAGGCUAUUUCAAUGUGUCAAACCCAGGUGAUCAGUAAUAAUUUGGGCAUAUAUACGCUCCCAAACUUGCUCUGCCCCCCUCCUUCCCUUGCUUUUGGUAUGGGCCUUUUAGCCUUGGGCCAGCCGGCUUUCUUGAGAUGAGUAAAUAAAGUGCACUGUAAUUUCAGGUCGGCUGUGGAUCAUGGGAUCCUGCAGAUCCAGGAACUGCUGCUGAGGCCUGGGAAGCUCCCUUGCCUGAGGGUUUGGGGCAGUGGCGUCAUCCCACCAAGCUGAGCCUUGAAAGGGCCGAGCAGAAAGUUAAAUGGUGGUUUCCUGAGUGGAAGCCACGCGUAGGUCACUUGAGUAGUCAGGAAGCACAGCUGAUGUGAAGGCUAGUUCCUCCCUAUCGUUGUCCCGUGGUCUAAAUGGACUGUCUGCUGAUGGCCAUAUGCAGCACUGGCUGUUAGGAUGGGGAAGGGGUGCAUCAGGUUUCCACUCAUAGCCCUGGUUCGUUAUUGUUACUCACGGCUCUGACGUCCCCAAGUCUUCUUGAAUGUUGCAAGCAAUGUUAAAUAUCACACCUCGGUCUCCUUCCAAGCAGCCCAGGUCCCUAAAGCAAGGUCACCAAACUUGGGUUAAACUUCAGUUGCUGUCACAUCAAGGUUCAGGUUAUACAGAUCUUGUAGUGUGGAGCUGAAUUCUGGGUAGAGAAGGGAGAGCUGACUCUCCAUUGCUUUUCUAGUGGAAACCAGCCAGUUUGACGGCGCUGCGCGGGUACAGGACUCCAUCAGGCUAGUGUUGGGGAACCAGCCCGGCAUGUUCCGACACUGGCUGAUGGGCAGACAAAAGGUUACUUGUGUGUUUCUCUGAGAAGCGGUGUAAAUGAAGUCACCUUAGAAUAUAUUCUGUGCGGAUGCUUAUAUUUUGUUAACUUCACGACUUAUGGCAUGUCUUAUUUUUCAAAAAAAAAAAGUACUAGGUGUGAAUAACAUUAUGAAGUGGUAUUUAAUUAAAAAUCCAUGCAGUGA